CUCAAAACGCUUAUCAACAGCAGCUGCACGGAGUUGGUCGUUUGCCGCCGCCAAGAGUUGCUCGCAGUCGGGAUUUAGCCAGCAGCUGGAAAACACUUCCCACGCUAAAGAAAAAAAGAAGUAAAAAUGUCGCAAGGCGGAAAAGUGGAAAUUGUGCAAACAACCCCCUACGAGGGUCAGAAACCAGGCACCAGCGGAUUACGCAAAAAAGUUAAAGUUUUCACGCAGCCCAAUUACACAGAGAACUUUGUGCAAUGCACCCUGGAUGCAAAUGGUGCUGCUCUAGAUGGUUCCACUCUUGUUGUCGGCGGCGAUGGUCGCUUCUAUUGCAAGGAAGCCGCCGAGCUUAUCGUUCGCAUCGCAGCCGCAAAUGGUGUCUCCAAGCUGCUCGUCGGACAAAAUGGAAUACUCUCCACGCCCGCCGUCUCCAGCCUAAUAAGGCACAACAAAGCGCUGGGUGGUAUUGUGUUAACUGCUUCCCAUAAUCCUGGCGGUCCGGAGAAUGAUUUUGGCAUCAAGUUCAACACCGAGAAUGGCGGUCCGGCACCAGAUGCAUUCACCAACCACAUUCACAAGCUGUCGACGGAGAUUAAAAGUUAUAAACUGGUGCGUGGCCUGCAGAUUGACAUCGGCAAGGUGGGCGAGACCAGCUACACUGUAGAUGGCAAGCCAUUUGUUGUGGAGGUCAUCGAUUCGGUGGCGAACUAUGUGCGUCACAUGGAGCAGAUCUUUGACUUUGGCAAGUUGCGCGAUUUUGUCAGUGGCAAGUCGAACGGGAAGCCCCUCAAGAUGCGCAUUGACUCCAUGAAUGGUGUCACUGGCGCCUAUGUGCGUGAGAUCUUUCUGAAUCGUUUGGGCGCUGCGGAGGCGUCGGUAGUGCACACAACACCACUGCCCGACUUUGGUGGCCUGCAUCCCGAUCCGAAUCUGACGUAUGCCAAGGAUUUGGUCGAUACGGUGGCCAAGGGGGAUUACGAUAUUGGCGCUGCCUUCGAUGGUGACGGCGAUCGCAACAUGAUCAUCGGCAGCAAGGCAUUCUUUGUGACACCCAGCGAUUCGUUGGCCGUGAUUGCCCACUACCUGGAGGUCAUACCCUAUUUCCAGAAGAACGGCGUCCAUGGCUUUGCACGCAGCAUGCCCACGGCCUCCGCCGUGGAUCUGGUGGGCAAGAAGCUGGGCAAGGAGGUUUUCGAGGUGCCCACCGGCUGGAAAUACUUUGGCAAUCUGAUGGACGUCGGCCGGCUGUGUUUGUGUGGUGAAGAGAGCUUCGGCACCGGUUCCGAUCACAUACGCGAAAAGGAUGGCAUCUGGGCGGUUCUCGCGUGGAUAUCCGUCAUGCAGCACACGGGCAAGAGCAUUGAGGAUAUAUUGAAGCAGCAUUGGUCUGUCUACGGACGCAACUAUUUUACCCGUUACGAUUACGAGGAGUGCGAUCUGGAGCCCUGCAACGAGAUGAUGGCCACCAUGGAGAAGAACAUCACAGCUGCUGAUUUUGCUGGCAAGAGCUUUUCCAGCGGCGGCAAAACGUACAAGGUGAAACAAGCGGACAACUUUAACUACACUGAUCCCGUAGACAAAUCGGUGGCCACCAAACAAGGAUUGCGCAUUGUCUUCGAGGAUGGCAGCCGCAUUGUCAUGCGUCUCAGCGGCACUGGAAGCUCCGGCGCCACAGUGCGAUUGUACAUCGAUUCCUAUGAGAAGGAGAAUGUGCUUGGACAGGCUAGCGUCAUGUUGAAGCCACUGAUUGAUAUCGCUUUGGAAAUCUCGCAGCUGCCCAAGUUCACCGGACGCACUGCACCCACCGUUAUCACAUAAGCAAAGAUAGACAGUGUAUCCAUGAGCUUAACUUGUUCAACUGCCAUUUUGGUGUAGUUUUUGUUAUUGUUGUUGUUGCUCGAAGUACCCAGUUUAAUCUGCGCCCCGUUUCGAAAUUAUUCAACCAAAGAUUGGCAAAUUAAAUAUUUGAAAUUACAAAAUAUAUAAAAAUGAUGUAAUAAGAAUCUUCACACAUUUGGCAAACUAAUUUAUACAACUUUUUAAAAUGCAUGAUCCAAAAUUAA